ACAUCAUAGCCUCUUCGUUGUUUUUUGUGUAUCAUGAAAUGAUUCCUCAUAAUUUUGCUCCAUUCUUUUCUAAUAUCUUCUCUAGUUGUUUAAAGACGCUCAGUGCACUAUUAAAUUGUGUACCACCAUCAAAUCACAAAACCAGUUGUCAUGUACCAAUCAAGAUUUAAAUUUGAUUAAGAUAAUUAUUGAUUCUACAUUGAUACAAGAAGAUUACGAUAAUCUAAAAAUGACUACAUUCAAAAAUAAACUGAAGGAAAUCAUGGGCCAUUCUCAGGAUGAAGUUCAGAGUGAUGGUCAACUCGAUGAUUAUGAAGCAGAUGGAGAUGAAAUUUUUGUUAACGACGAAGGUACCUCUUUAAAACAAUCUAUUAGUUUACUUGGUUCUCAAUGUGCCCUUGAUGAGCCCAACUGUGAUGAAUAUGCUAAUGAUGAAAUCUCAAUCAUUGAGAACAAGAAUCUUGACAGUGUUUUUGAUGGCAAAAAUGAAGAUGAUCAGGAUUAUGAACUUUCUAAAUAUCGAAGCAAGAUUAUUUCGGAAGUGAGAGAAGAGAAUGAACGCCAUCAAACCAUCUUAAACUGUCACGAUUUACUUAACAAUCAAGAGCGUGAAAAUGCCCGUGAUAUAAUUAAAGAUUUGACUCAAAUUUUACCCGAAUUAUUGGCAAUGAAAAAUAGUAUUCAAAUUGACAAUGCACUGCAAAAAUUUUCUUCCAAUUUCUGUAAAGCUGUUUGGGAGAAACGCAAGACAGUCAUCGAAUCAUCAAGUGACCCCUUAAUCAUAAAUGAAGACGGCGUUUACUUGGCUGUUUACUCUGCUUUAUCCCUUACCCUGAGAUUGAUAAAAGCAACUAUUACAAUGAAUCGAAGCAAAUUAAUCCACCGAUUACUGAACAGGAAUUUAUUGAUGAUAUUUACAAUAGUGGAGUCUUGGUCUAUCUAUCAUCAACUUGGUUAGCCGAACUGUAUCAGCAGAUAUUAGCUAACAAUCUUUUAGGUGACUCUGGAUACAUGUAUUCAUCGUCUAAUAAUACUGCUCUAAUUAACAUGAUAAGAGAUAUUGAUGGUGAUAGUGAUACUCCUGGUAGCUAUGAGCUUUCAGAUUAUCGUAAAUUGACGCAAACUAGUUUACAGCUCACAAAUCCAGUGAAUGAUGGUCAAAAUGUUGGUCGAAUAAUUGCAAGACGUGUUCUUGAUACAUUUUGGGAUUCAAUCAUUUCAAUUAUGGAAUCAAUUUUUACCAGUGAUGCCAACUCUUCAAAUCAAUCUCCUUUUCUUCUGAUUUUAAUCAUGGUUCUGAGAAAGACAAUACUGAGCGAAGAAGCAUCAUGAUCAACUGUCUAGCCACUCUACAAACGGCUUCAAAACUUUGCAUAGCUUUAGGCCUUCAACCCCGGUGCAAUGGUAUUUUUCAUUUAUUAUCUCGCUCUAUUCUAGUCAGUCUAUUAUCGAAAAUUGAUAAA